AUGGCAACGAAUCACGAGGACAUGGCCGCCCAACUCCACGAGGAGUUCGGUGAGCGAGUGCCUAAGCCUAAUGGCGAAAAGGAUCUUGCUGGCGGCUACAUCGCCCCGCAUGAUAUUGAGAAGAAGGUUGAGCCCGAGACUGCUCCUGAGUCUGACCCCGAGUAUGGAACUACCCCUGAUGGCGAGGAACCCAACGACCAUGAGAGGGCUACUCUUCGCCGUGUAGGCGAGAACCUCCCUGCAUCGGCUUUCCUCAUUGCCGUGGUGGAGCUCACUGAGCGGUUCACCUACUAUGGUGCUCAGGGUCUGUUCCAGAACUACAUCAGCCACAGCAAGACUGGUGCAGAUGGACCCAAGGGUCUUGGAAUGACCGAUCAGGCUGCUACCGGUCUCAACCUGUUCUUCCAGUGGUUCUGCUAUGUUACCCCCAUUCUUGGUGCCAUCAUCGCCGAUCAGUAUCUCGGCAAGUACAAGACUAUCCUGUUGUUCUGCGGCUUCUACUGGGUCGGUCUCGUCAUCCUAUGGACAACCUCGCUCCCUGCAGCAAUGGAUCACGGCGCUGGAAAGGCUGGAUACAUCGUCGCCAUUAUCGUCAUCGGUCUUGGAACCGGUGGUAUCAAGUCCAACAUUGCCCCCCUGAUUGCCGACCAAUAUCAACGACGCAGAAUGGCCAUCAAGACGGAAAAGAAUGGAGAGCGUGUCGUCAUUGAUCCCGCCAUCACCUACCAGCGUAUCUACAUGAUCUUCUAUUGGUGCAUCAACGUCGGUGCUCUGUCUCUGAUGGCUACCCCCUUCAUGGAGAAGUACAAGGGAUUCUGGACUGCCUACCUGAUGUGCUUCUGCAUGUUCAACGUCGGAAUUCUCGUCCUCGUCUGGCGCCGCAAGACUUAUGUCAACCGUCCUCCCCAGGGAUCCGUCAUCACCGACGCCUUCAAGGCCCUUGGCAUGAUGAUCAAGGAGCGCAACAUGGAUGCUGCCAAGCCUUCCUGGCGCGCUGAGCACGGAAAGACCCAGGUUGUCCCCUGGAACGAUCACUUCAUCGACGAGCUCAAGCGUGCCCUCCGAGCCUGCAAGGUCUUUGUCUUCUACCCCAUCUUCUGGGUUUGCUACGGCCAGUUCUCUACCAACUUUGUCACCCAGGCCGGCCAGAUGCAGGGCCAUGGCAUGCCCAACGACUUUAUGCAGAACUUCGACCCCAUCUCCAUCUUGGUCUUCACCCCCGUCCUCGACAAGAUCGUUUACCCCAUCCUUCGAAAGGCUGGCAUCGAGCUUAAGCCCAUUAUGCGAAUUACCAUUGGCUUCUGGUUCGCCGCUCUGUGUCUUGCCUACGCUGCCAUCGUCCAGCAUCUCAUCUAUAGCGCUGGACCCUGCUACGAGUACCCCGGAGAGUGUCCUGCUGGAAAGGACGGCGAGACUGAGCUGCCCAACAAUGUCCACAUCGCCAUUCAGACUCCUGCCUACAUCUUCAUUGGUAUCUCUGAGAUUUUCAUCUCUGUUACUGGUCUCGAGUAUGCUUACACUAAGGCUCCCCCUACCAUGAAGUCCUUUGUGCAGUCUCUGUACCUCUUCACCAACGCUUUCGGUGCUGCCAUCUCCGAGGCCCUGGUUUCCGUCGCCGUCAACCCCAAGUACCUCUGGAUGUACACUGGUGUCGGUUGCUCUUCGUUCGUCACUGGAAUCGUCUUCUACAUCAUUUUCCGCCACUACGACCAGGAUGAGGACAAGAUGUACGACCUGGACCGUGAUGAGCCCGUUCUUACUCACAACGGCAUUAAGCACGUUGAGGAAUAA